AUGCACGCCUUUCCGUUACCGUGCUCCCUCCUUCUCUGCAAUGGCAUGAUGGUGGCUGCACAGAAGCAGCUCCCCAGUGAAAAGGCAGAAAGCCCGACACAGACACGGACCCCGCAGACUCUCUCUCGAGGCUGGGGAGAUGACAUUGAAUGGGUGCAGACAUACGAAGAAGGUUUAGCACGAUCAAAAUACAGCAAGAAGCCGCUGAUGGUUAUUCAUCACUUGGAAGGGUGUCCUUACAGCCAAGCUUUAAGAGAAGCAUUUGCUUCUAGCCCACAGAUCCAGCAGAUGGCCCAGGAGGACUUUAUCAUGCUCAAUCUGGUGCAUUCCAGCAGCCACGACAACACGGCGCCCAAGGGCCACUACAUCCCUCGGACCCUCUCCGUGGAUCCUUCAAUGACCGUUCGAGCUGAUCUAACUGGCAAAUAUGGGAACAGGGUGUACACUUACAAACCAGAAGAUACUUUGAUCUUGAUUGAAAACGUGAGACGAGCGCAGAUGCUCCCGCACAGCGAGCUCUGA